GUAGAAAAGGGAGAAAGUAAAUAAUCAUCCUGGUUUUCAUUCAUACGAACAAUUGUUUCUCAGCGUCUAUAACUUAAUGAUGUCAUAAUUCUUAUAUAGCUAAUAAUAUAGCUAAAGUUUUAAAGAUUAUAUCUUGGAAACCAAUAAAGGUUUUUUCAAAACGUAAAAAGAUGCAUAGCUAGCUAUCAACUUUGGUAUGAAACCAACUUAUUUUUAAUUGGAGAAAGGUUUAAGAAACUCGCCAGUAAUUCCAACCUCUAGUGAUGAAGUAUAAUAAUACCUUAAAUAAACAAAGACCUUCCAACAAUGUUCAAAAAGCUUGUUUAGAGUGAAUAUGAGUACAUUAGAAGAUACUUUAGAAAAUACUAACUCUUUUCUUACCGAUGCAAAAGUAGAUAUCAAUAAUGCUACAGUGAAUAGUGAAAUUUCCCAUCAUGAACAUUGUUUUGUCGAACCAAAUUCAAUAAAUUUCUCAACUAAACUGCCCACAGGUUGUAACUUUCCCUCAUCAAACCCAGCAACAUGUGUUGAAAACAAUCCAGCAAACAAUGAUAUUUUGAAGUCUACAGCUAUAUUAUCAGUGGCUUCAAAUAAAACUAGUGAAGAAACUACUGCAGCAACUUUUUCCUCGGUUCCUUCUAAUGUUGUUGUAGUUUUGCCAAGCAACUCCCAAACCAAAUCAAAUCGAAAUCUUAAACAAAAGAAUAUAUGUGAUCUAGUAUUGGAAAAGAAGGUAUGGAAACCUCAGGUAGACAGAAGUAAUUUAAAAAGAGUUUACUAUCCUCAAUUAAACAAAAGACAUAUUAAGCUGUUGUUAAAGUUUUUGAACGAUCCAGAGAAUAAUGUGAAGGAUCCCUUAAUUAUGACUUUAUUAAGAACAAGUCGCAUACCAUAUAAUAAGUCACACUCACUAGCUAGUCAGCUUGUAAAAUGGUCAAAGUUACUAACAAAACGAAAAAUUGGAUCAAAGGAAAAGCUUUGUUUACGUGGCUCGCAAAAGAUAAUUUUACCCAAAGAAAAAUAUAGAGCUAUAAUUAUGGAAGCACACUUGGCAACUGGACGUUUUAGUAGGAGCGAUAAUGCUGAACAUAACAGUUAUGAACGAACUGUGUUAUUGAUUAAAAGUCAUUAUGCGGUUGGUGAAAAAGAAUUCGGUAUGAACAAAUACCUUAUAUAUGAAUGUAUAGCGAAUUGCACAGGUUGUACAUGCAAUGAUAAACUGUUACCACCCCUCUCAGAAGUUAUUUCCUAUUCAUUCGUAAGUUCAAGACAGGACACAGAGAUGAACAAGACAAUAGUAUUUAGUGACCCUGAUGCUCUAAAUGAAAGUAGACAUGUUGAUUUAAAUGAAAGUCCUUUAACCAUGAUGUGGGGUAGACCAUCAACUGGAUCAAUAUGGUUUGACCAAAAAGGUUUAGCUGGUCAGAAAGAUCAUUACUCAAAACUUCUUGGUGUCAUUAACGAGGUUGGUUUAGAUUUGGGUGCUACGGCACAAGGGUGUAAGAGGUCCAAGGAAAGGCUAAUGACUAAGCUUUACUGUGCUGAGAAAUUGGUAAAAGAUGAAAGAGAGAAACUUUUAACGAACAGCGCUGUCAAUAACAACAAGAGCACAUUCCUUGUGGAUUUUCAAGAACUUCAAAAAAAAUAUUUAGAAAUUGGUCGUUUGGAUUUGUUUUUGUAUGAUGUGAACUGUAUUUUAAGGAAGUACAACCUCUCAAAGAAUGAGCACUUUUCGACAUUGGUCAACGAAACUGUUCAAAAAUUGCAAGCGAAGCAGUGCGAAGCUGAAACGAAAGAAUUAAUGGUAAAGUUACAAAAAACCAAAACCCCUUUCGAAUUCACUGCAAAAGCAACAUCCACUAAUCCAACUAUUAUAUCCACAGGAAUUAACAAAUUAAAACAAAGUGUUCCAAAAUGUCAAUCUUCUUUAAAUGUAAUUAAACAUUUUUAUCUUAUUUCCAAUAAAACUGUUCCAUCCAUGGCACCGACUACACCUGUACUGCAAAGUCCUGAUGCCAAAGUUGCGCUUGGAGACCACACUUAUACUGACUGGUGAGGUAAACAUUGAAUUGCUAACAUAAUGCAGAAGCAUUUUCUCUGUGUCAUAAUUUUAAAAUUGUUAUUGCAACGAAGAACACUACAACGGUAUCAAAAUGUGAUAUGCAUAUAAAAUGUGGGUGCAGACUUAUCUUAACUGUAUUCCAAUAUUGUUGCAGUUGAUAGUGACUAAAUAAAAUUUUCAACAAUGUGAUGAAACUCUAAUGUUGGGUAUGUUGUAACUUUAGGAAACAAAUAACGAGCAAUCCAUCUGUUGAUAAGUAUCUUUGCGCUGGUAUUGCAUUCAUUAAGCGAAGAUGAAAAUCGAGUAGUUAUGUUGUUAUAACUAAACCAGACCAAAUCUGGAAAGGAUUUUAUAUGCGAAUUUUUUAAACUUUUUUUUACACUUUUUUUUAUAAUAAUGUUUUUUUAUAUAUAAUUGCUUCUCAAUAGUUAUAUAUAAAAUAAAAUAAUUGGAAGUUGUGUCCACAUUUCCCUAACUUAUUGCUCAAGAAAUCUUAAUGUGAACGAACUGUUAGCUUGGAGUUGUUAGCAAAGACCAUUUUCUCGAAAGCCAAUAAAGAUGCUUUAUUUUAAUCUCUGACAAUUUUAUGACGAAUCUGAAUACAGAUUGUAAAUA